AAAAAGCCGUCCGAUGGGAAACGGGAGAGCGCGGCGGGGCCGGAAGGGAAUGGAGGUGGCACAUGGCGGGCGGUUUAGAUGUCUCAAUGGAUACGUGGAAUUUUCUCUACACUUGCCUGGUGUCCUUAUGGCUGCACAGAAUUUACAUCUAUUCUGUUAUGGCUUUUGGGAUCAGCCUUUGGAUUGCCAUUCAGUUCUUCACUACCAAAGCCAAGAGGAAGGAUGAAAAUUCCAAUGAGAAUCCAGUGUCUUCUGAGGUAGCAGAAGGCAAACUAGUCAAUGGAUAUGCUGCUCUGCAGCCAAAGGAGGUCUAUGUUGCUGGAGUGAAGAUUUUCUAUGGGUCUCAGACUGGCACAGCAAAGAGAUUUGCAAAGGGUUUGGCUGAAGCUGUUACUUGCCUUAAUUUGCCUGUGGAAGUCAUUAACAUGGGAGAAUAUGAUCCUGAUGAUUGCCUAGCAGAGGAGACAACCAGCAGGAACAUCUGUGUGUUCCUGGUAGCUACGUACACAGAUGGGCAGCCGACUGAGAGUGCAGCCUGGUUCUGCAAGUGGUUGGAAGAGGCUGCAAAUGACUUCCGCUUUGGCAAAACGUAUCUGAAGGGCCUGAGAUAUGCUGUGUUUGGCUUGGGAAACUCAGUUUAUGUUGAUCAUUACAACACGGUUGGAAGAAAUAUUGACAGGUGGCUGUGGAUGCUCAGUGCCAGGCGUAUCAUGACUCGUGCCGAGGGGGACUGCAAUGUGGUCCAGAGUAAGCAUGGCAGCAUUGAAGCUGACUUUGAAGCCUGGAAAUCCAAGUUCCUCAGUUGUCUCCAGGCCCUCUGCAGAGGGGAAAAGAAGCCCUGCAGUGGGAAGUGCAAGAAAGGGAAGUGCAAAUCCCAAGGGAAGCAGAAUAAGGAGAGUUCAAGUCAUGAACGUGAAGCGCCAGAGGUUGAGAACACUGAGGCUGAAGAGUUGUUCGAAACCACCAGUGAGGAGGAAGCUGAUGCUGAGGAAGCUGGAGGCACGGAUUCUGUUGUAGAUGUUGAAGAUCUUGGCAAAAUCAUGAGUCACAUGAAGAAAGCCAAGAGAGAACGUGAGCUGGAGGAUGGAGAUGCUGGAAUGAGCUUGCUUGGAGAGACCUCUGGGAGGAAGGAGGCGGGUGAAAGGAGAGAAAUGAUAACUGCAGCCCUGAGGGAUGCUCUCACAAAACAAGGCUAUAAGUUGAUAGGAAGCCAUUCUGGAGUGAAGCUGUGCCGGUGGACAAAGUCGAUGCUCCGAGGCAGAGGUGGCUGCUACAAGCACACCUUCUAUGGAAUCGAGAGCCACCGCUGCAUGGAGGCCACACCAAGCCUGGCCUGCGCCAACAAAUGCGUGUUCUGCUGGAGACAUCAUACGAAUCCUGUGGGCACGGAGUGGCGAUGGAAAAUGGAUCAACCUGAGAUGAUCUUGAGGGAAGCUCUUGAGAAUCAUCAGAACAUGAUCAAGGAGUUCAAAGGAGUGACAGGAGUGAGGGCAGAGCGCUUCGAGGAGGCGAUGGCAGCCAAGCACUGCGCUCUGUCCCUGGUGGGAGAGCCCAUCAUGUACCCCGACAUCAACCGCUUCCUGCGGCUCCUGCACCAGCGUGGCAUCUCCAGCUUCCUGGUUACCAACGCACAGUUCCCAGAGGAGAUCAGGAACUUGGAGCCUGUCACACAGCUGUAUGUCAGCGUGGAUGCCAGCACCAAGGAGAGCCUGAAGAGAAUUGAUAGACCCCUCUUCAAAGAUUUCUGGCAGAGGUUCCUGGACAGCUUAAAGGCCUUGUCUGAAAAGCAACAGCGCACAGUCUAUAGGCUGACAUUGGUGAAAGCUUGGAAUGUGGAUGAGCUCAAAGCCUACGCUGACCUGGUGUCUCUUGGAAAGCCAGACUUCAUCGAGGUCAAGGGGGUGACGUACUGCGGCGACAGCUCGGCCAGCAGCCUCACCAUGGCCAACGUCCCCUGGCACGAGGAGGUCGUGCACUUUGUCCAGGAGCUGGCCCAGCUCCUCCCAGACUACGGCAUCGCCUGUGAGCACGAGCACUCCAACUGCCUCCUGAUGGCUCACAAAAAGUUCAAGAUCAAUGGUGACUGGUGCACGUGGAUCGACUACGAGCGCUUCCAGGAGCUGGUGAGGGCACACGUGGACAGUGGGGGCACACAGACCUUCACAGCCACAGACUACACAGCCAGGACUCCGCACUGGGCGCUCUUUGGGUCCAACCAGCGUGGCUUCGAUCCCUUGGACGUGAGAUACCAGCGGAGAGGCAAAGUGAGAGACAUCUCUGGGUGCUGAUCAUCGCCCAUCUCCAGGCUGAGCCUUGGUCUCCAUCUCCAACCUUGUUCACAUAGACUUUCUGAAGUUUGAUAGUGAGGAGGGUAGAGCCUCUGUUGAACCCUGCCUUCCUGUUUUUUAGAGUUUCUUGCUUAGAAAUAUAUACAGUGCUCUUUAUCUCUGA